AUGGGCAUCUCUCUCGAGGAUCCUGCUCCUGCUGUUCCCGUCGUCAGUAUCAGAGUCCCAGAAGGCUUCAGCUACGGACCUACUGUUCUUCAGCCAACUCUCCAAGAGUAUGAUGCGACUUCCAAGAAUGGGGGUUACUCAGAUGCCACCGAUGAGGAUGGAAAUGGGCUCGGAAUACCUCCCCCUCCCCCUCUAGAUGUCCUAGACAAGUUCAAGGGCACUUUUAAGGGUUUUGGCUUCAACACUAUCUUCAGGCCUCUGAGCCGAAAUCCAAAGACUAUUACGAAGUUUCCCAAGCCUCCAACCGACAAGAGUACCAGCAACCUCCUGCAACUCAACCUGACUGGCGAAACUCAGGGGUUCAGUGAGGUACUACUUAAAGAUGUACCCAAUCGUGGUUUGUUUGAUCAGGCCGAUAUUGACCUCAUCGGUCGACCAUAUACGCAGUCUAUUGUCGAUGCAAUGCCCGAUGAAAAGGGAAAUUUCCCACCUCUUUCUGCCGCAUGGGUUCUAUUCCCCAUGGCACAACCAUCAACGCUCAAGGAUUUGAGCCUGCCCGCACUUCCAAAGGCGCCCCCGGAAAUUGAUGCCACCAGCAUCAGUCCGCUUGUGAUCCCGCAACUUGGGAUCCCUAUCAUCAAGCCUAACAAAUCUGUUGAUGAACUGGAAAAGAAACGUUUCGACAACCAGGAUGCCGACAAAGACACUACUCGCCGUCUGCCCCAAGGUCUUCGCAAGUUUAUUGCCAAUGGGUCUAUCACCCAGCAGAUUAUCGAUGAUCCAAACACCAUCCUGAGACAGGCCAAUGAGGCUAAGGAUAUCAUCGAGAACAUCAUGUUUAUCGUCUCGACUAAUGCGCCACCUGGCGCCUUUGGCGGUGGAACAUCAAACAUUGGCUUCAAUAUCGGCUCUGAUGAGGGCAAAAAGGCCGAAGCUUCUCGUGAGAAGAAAAGCGGAAAUGCCAAUGCUGUCGACGUGACGGCUCAUUACUGGGUCUCCAAGAUCCGCACAAAUGUUGAGCUUGAUCCUUCCAUGAGCGUUGGCCAAACGGUUUUUCCUGCUUCUCAAGGCCCUAGAGAUGCUGUUCCGGAGUUCUUCAUCGACGAACACGUUGAGAUUCCAUCAUCCAAGAAAACUGUCACCGUCGCGUAUGACCAGAUUCAGUACUCUCAGAUGGUGAUGCUUGAUUUCAAUGGACUUAAGUGGCCUCAUGUUACGGUUGCAACGCUUGCUCCGAUUGUGAGCCUCAAGAAGCCAACACUUUCCUCAGCCAUAAAGUAUGGAAAGGGAUCGUCUAAAGAACGUACUGUUGCGAAGUUAGGCUCUAGGGACCAUCCACAGGCGCAUCGCAGAUUUCUUAGCAGUCGUUCGGGCAUGUGGCCCAAUCUGGCCGUCUCCAGCUAA